AUGGGGAUUGAUAGCCGAGGAGGCUUCCGUGGUUUUGCCGCUGGGAUUUUGUUGCUUUGGCGGGGGAUUGGAAGCUACUUCCACUGGCUACUGAUCAAACUGCUGGAUCUGUGGAUCGCUGCCUGUAGAUUGCCCCACCCGCACGACCCCCCGUACGGCCGGUGCCUCCCCUUCCUCGUCUCCGCGAUGUCGCAGUCGCAAAGGUACCCGGUGUCCAAGGUGCUCCUGGAGAAGGAGGCGAGCAGGUUCGCGGAGGAGCACGGCAUCGGCCUCGUCACCGUCUGCCCCGGCCUCACCGUGGGCGCCGCGCCGGCCCCGACCGCCCGCACCAGCGUCCCCAACUGCCUCUCCCUUCUAUCCGGCGACGAAGCCGCGUUCGCCGUGCUGGACGCCAUCGAGAGCGCCACCGGGUGCCUGCCGUUGGUCCACGUCGACGACGUCUGCCGCGCCGAGCUGUUCGCCGCCGAGGAGGGCGCGGCCGCGAGGAGGUACGUCUGCUGCAGCCUGAACACGACCGUCGCCGAGCUCGCGCGUUUCCUGGCGGACAAGUACCCGCAGUACGGCGUCAAAACGAACCUGUUCUCCGGCGAGCGGCUUGAGAAGCCGAGAGUGUGCCUGUCAUCGGCGAAGCUGGUGAAGGAAGGUUUCGAGUUCAGGUACAGGACGCUGGAUGACAUCUGUGACGACAUGGCCGAGUACGGCAAGGCCCUGGGAAUCCUGCCCGACUUGUGAUGCCAUAUGCUUCCUCUGCUCUCGGCCGGUGAUCAGGACUGGACUUUAAAACCGUCCGACAAAAUAAGCCCGUCUAUUUAUGCUGCUACUGUGCCGAACCAUAAUUGGACCUUCAAAAAAUGUCAAGAAAAUUUGUCUAUGUUAUGCAUUUUUGUCUACUCA